AGGAAGAAGAAGAAGAAGAAGAAGAAGAAGAAGAAAUAUUGGUUGUAAAGAUGUCUGCUCACGAUCAGCUGGUUCUCUGUUUGUGUGAAUUAACACGGUUGCUGUGGAAGUUGCUGCUGCCUCUUCUGUUUCUCUGUGUACUACUUAUCGCCCUCUUGGUCCUGCUGCUGCUUGCUGUUCGUUUCUGGCUUCAGAGCAACAGGGACGCUCGGCGAGCGAGAGACGGACGCCCGACUGUAGCCUUCUUCCACCCGUACUGCAACGCUGGUGGAGGAGGGGAGAGGGUGCUCUGGUGUGCAAUCAGAGCUCUACAGAACAGGUAUGUGGGCGUCAACUUUGUGGUUUACACAGGGGACCUGGGUGUGACGGGUCAGCAGAUUCUGGAUGGAGCUCGUCGUCGUUUCAACAUCGUCCUUCCCCGGCCGGUCCAGUUCGUGUUCCUGAGGCAUCGGCUGCUGGUGGAGCCUGGCUUGUUUCCUCACUUCACCCUGCUGGGUCAGAGCGUGGGCUCCAUCUUUCUAGGAUGGGAGGCUCUGACGGAGUUCGUCCCUGAUCUUUACAUAGACUCCAUGGGCUAUGCCUUCACUCUGCCGCUGUUCCGCUAUCUGGGAGGCUGCAGCGUGGGGAGUUACGUUCACUACCCCACCAUCAGCAGUGACAUGCUGUCUGUGGUGAGAGAGAGGAACCCCAGGUUCAACAACGCUGGCUUCGUCUCCAACAGCCUCCUCCUGAGCGCCAUCAAAGUCGUCUACUACUGCCUCUUCGCUCUGCUCUACGGCAUGGCCGGCUCCUGCAGCGACCUCAUCAUGGUCAACUCCUCCUGGACGCUCGACCACAUCCUGUCGCUGUGGCGUGCCCCGAACCGCACCAGCGUCAUCUACCCGCCUUGUAACGUCAGCGCCUUCUUGGAUAUCCCUUUAGAGGAGGACGGGGACAAGAAGUGUCACUCCAUCAUCUCUGUCGGGCAGUUCAGGCCGGAGAAAGACCACCAGCUGCAGAUCAGGGCGUUUAAGAAGGUGCUGGACCGGAGGCGGGAGGGGGCGGGGGGUAGGGAGGCGCUGAAGCUGGUUCUGAUUGGUGGAUGCAGGAACCAGGAGGACGAGGAUCGAGUGCUGUUGUUACGGGGGCUGUGCCAAGAGCUGGGAGUAGCCGACCGGGUCGAGUUCAGACUGAAUGUUUCUUUUGAGGAGCUGAAGAGGGAGAUGGAGGACGCAACCAUCGGCCUUCACACCAUGUGGAACGAACACUUUGGAAUAGGGAUCGUGGAGUGUAUGGCAGCAGGAAAAGUCAUCUUAGCUCACAAAUCUGGCGGUCCGAAGCUCGACAUCGUGGUCCCUUACGAAGGCGGCCAAACAGGCUUCCUUGCCGAUGACGAGGAAAGUUAUGCAGAGGCCAUCGAGAGGAUCCUCGCUCUGCCGCCUGAAGCCCGUCUGCAGAUCAGACGCAACGCACGCCAGUCCGUCGCUCGCUUCUCGGAUCAGGAGUUUGAAGAGUGUUUCUGUGGCGCCAUGGAGCUUCUGAUGGGAACGCUGGAGGGAUGAAAGAGGACUUGAUCAUUGUUUGGAUUUAGGGCACUUUUACUUUGAUGCACUGUGGCGCUGACUGUCGACACGAGAUUUGAUUGUGUCGGUUUACUGAAUUUCUAGAGGGACAGAUGAGAUUAACAGCAUGUAGAAAAAGAGUGAAUCCAGCUAGAUUACCCUGCUGGAUUAAAGAUGGAAACAUUCCUCUCUCUGUCAGCUGAACAAAACAAUAUUUACAAUGUUUAACAUGGUACAACGUGGCUGAAGGGAACAAACUAGUCUUUUAGAGGACAAUCGUAUGCUGGAAAAGUCUCAGAGAUAUUUAUUUAUAUUCCUGAAAUGUGAAAUAUUUUUGAUAUUAAUGAUGAAUGUAAAUAAGAAUAAAAUAUAUGAUGUGGGAUGCUGUAAAAGCAUUAAAUAUUUUAGAAAUGUUAAUAUACAGACUUUAACAUAUCCAUGGAGAGGGAACGACCACCUGCUGGUUAUAUGCCUCUGCAGUGGUGGUGGACUGGACUGGACUGGAGAAACACAAAAGUUCUUCUAUAUUUAUAAUAAUAGACAUCCUGGUUAUUAUUACGUUUUUAUAACUACUACACCUCUGAUACAAGAGACGAGGAAUCACAAGGACACACAAGUGAUGAGGGCGGUGGAAAUGAACUUUGUGACGCUUUGCCCUUUAAAGCAGGAGUGUCAAACUCAGUCACAGAAGGGGCCAGAUUCUGGAUUAAGGUC